AUGGGGGAUUCUGAAGAGGAUUGUGAUAUUCAUCAUCAUCCCAUCAUGGGUGAUGAUCAGGGUGACAUUGCUGCUAUGGUAAUGGCAGAUGAUGAUGCAGAGUCAUGCAGCUAUGAUUCCUUUGAUUCUCUUAGAGUUGAUGAUGACCUCGACGAUUGUCAUCAUCUUGAUCUUCUUCAAGCUUCUGUCAAUGAUGAUGAUGAUGAUGAUGCUAAAAGCCGUCGGAAAUCAAGUGUUUCUGUUGAUUCAAGUGACGAGUUCAUGGAUGAGGCGGAGAAGAACAGGCUGUUUUGGGAGGCAUGCUUGGCAUCAUAG